AUGGCCACUAACAUCGUCCCCUACGAGAUUGCCGAGCUUAUUCGUCGUAAAAAGGCUCUCUACUGUCGAUCCGCAGAUACCAAACAAUGGCGUCGAUUCUCCGAGUUUGCUCUCCCUGAAGCCACAUUCACGUUUGUUGAUGCCCUCACCCCAAAUAUUCCAAUGACCGAGGGGGGCCAGUGCAUGUCAUUUUCCCAUCGCGUCGCGUUUCUUAAUUACUCUGAGGAACGAAACAAGGACUUGCAGUACAUUCACUCUGUGGGACCGGGGGAGCUCUACUUUGUGGACGGGAAAGAUGGGAAGGAGGUGAAGGCAAUCUGGAGCGUUAUCUUUCAUGUUGGCGAUGGUGAGAAAACGAGAGGGUUUCAUGGGACUGGCGCAGGAUACUAUCACGAAGUCUGGGUCAAGGUCGGUGAUGACUGGUUUAUAAAGAGCUUGAGGUUUGAGAGAGUCUACUGGAAAGCUUGUGAGUCUCGGUACAGGAGCGCAGUAGGAGCUCGCUACCUAGGGAGGGAGGGACUUCAACUCUGCGUCUAUGCAGAAAAGACCAGUUUCCCAUCCUGUUUUCCUCUCCCAUUCAUGGCUCUUCUUCUUCCUCGCGCGAACUUUUCUUCCAAACUUUGCGUGUAG